AUGAUUAUUACCGGAAACGUUGUAGAGGAAAUAACAUGGCUGAAAAAGAAUAUGUUCUCAAAAUUUGAAAUGAAAAACCUUGGGAAUCUCAAGUAUUUCCUCGGGAUACAAGUCCUCAGGUCUAAACAGGGGAUCUUCAUCUACCAAAAGAAGUAUGUCCUCGAUCUCCUUGCAGAAACCGGGCUGAUUGAUUGUAAACCGGUGGAUACCCCAAUGGUGGUGAAUCACAACCUUCACAUGGAACUUAUUGGAGAACUUGCAGACAAAGAAAGGUAUCAACGGCUCGUGGGCAAGUUAAUCUAUCUCUCUCACACUCAUCCUAAUAUAGCUUAUGUUUAG